UGGGACCUGGCAACUCUGUUUGGAGAGACCUGACACGUCGAUCAGUCAUACAGAUAUCUACAGUUAUUAAAGUAUCGUUCAGGGGAGUAGAGUGUUUUAUGCAAAACAUAAACGCUUACAGCACCUUUAAAAUUUUAUAAAAUUAACUUAAUAUAAUAUAAAGGUAUUAUAUAGGCUAAUCUGGCUAUGUAGGCUAAGUGAAAUGAAAGUGAAAGCAUGUGUUUGCGCGUCAGAUUACAGCUCAUAUCACACUUGGAAAAGACAAAAAUAAGGAAGUGGAAUUCUCUUUCUCAAGGAACUGCAGUCUUAUAAAGGAGCAUCCAAAGAGCACUGCAAUCUCAAAUAGUUGUGUAAGUGCCAAAAUGCCAUUGGAAUUCAGUGGAUGGGAGGCAUACUGUGAUAAAUCAAAGCACCUUAAACCAGGUCAAGAGCCCAAAAAGAGCCAUGGCUAUAUUAUGUACCAUGGGACACAUAAAAGCAAUGCCCCAGCGAUCAUAUCAUCAGGGUUUCGGCCCUCUGCUGGGGGAACUCUGGGCCCUGGAGUCUACUGUAGUAGGAAUAUUAACAAAGCAAUGGGUUACCCAGCAUGUGCUCCCAAUGAUAGAGUCAUAUUAAAGCUGCGAGUGAGAGUGGGUAAAGUGAAGAAGAUUGAAGGGCAGAGCCUGAACCUGAAGACCACGUGGCAUCAGCAGGGAUAUGAUACAGCCUGGUUGCCUGCCACUGCCUCUGGUGUGGGACUUGAGGAGGACUGUGUUUGGGACCCAAAGAGAAUUACCGUGGUUGGAAUAGCCCAUUGCACAGACUCCAGUACUAAGAGUUCUCUGGAGAGUCUCAUAAAGCAGGGAAGCCAAUCGCAGGACCCGAAAGUUAAAGAUCUGAAGCCAUGUAAAGGGUGUGGAAUGCAAACCGAGGAUAAACACACAAUGGAGAAAUGCUGGUCCUGUAAGGCAUCCAUAUGUCCCUUCAUGAAAAAUCAUGUUUGCCAAAAGAAAAGGAAGUAAUUAUUCCUGAGUACUUGAGAACUAGUUAAUUGAUACUUAUAUACACUUCAAUUGAAUAUAAUCUGUGACGUGAUGUUGAGAUAUGGUAAAGGCACUGUAAUUAACAAAUUUAAAGAAAUUCUGCUAAUCAUAUUACUUAAAGUAAAGACAUGGCAGUGCAUGUAAACCUUUGUUUUAAUUGAUUCAGAUUAAUAUGGUUAAAUUCAUUUAAUUCAGAUUUUGUGGUAUGUCACAUUGUGGUAUAUAACUUCUCUACACAUUAGAAACAUAUUGUGCCAAAGAACAUACUUGUUUGAAGUUGGAAUUCAUCGCUGUAAUAUUUUUUGUCAAUGUAAAGUUUUGUAAUAUUUUUGUUUAAUCUUUUGAACCGUUAACUACUAGCAUACAUAACAAUUAAUAUUUAUUUCGAAAAAAAAAUUUGUUUUGCAGAUGCAGUUUUGCUCUAAAUUUGUAACAAUUUGCUUUACUGUUGAAUUCUUGUAUUGCAACAAUUGUUAUCUGAAACAAUGUAAAAUUUAACAAUAUAUUAAACAUGAAAAUGUAGCAUUUGUACUUUGUCUUAAUUCCUCCUGAAGACAUUUCACAGAUAUUUUUUUAAUUUUAUAUUUUCAUGUUAAUAUGUAUAAAAAAAAAAAUGUAACAGUCUGGCACAAUGAUUUCUGCUGUAAGACGAUACUUGCUAUAAAAAAAAUAAAAAUAAAAAAAAUAAAAAAAACUGUGGGGAAGUAAGCAUAUCUGGACUGAAAUAUUAAUACCAGUACAAAGAAAAAAAAAACAUCAAAAUGUUUUACUAUAUUUUUCUUCCUGCUUGUCAUUCUGUAACGCUUCCCAGCAAGAAGUUUUGUUAGCUUGUUUUUUACAUGCAAAACAUUGUGUCUCAAAGGAAGGAAGGAAGGAAUAUGACUCUAUACUAGAAAAUAAACUUUUUAGAUCUCAGAAAAAAUGUGCCUUUGGUUUUAAUAAUUCCACAUUUAAAAUCAAAGAACUAAUUCAUGAACAACAAUGUUUUGAAUACCAAUGUGAAAUUUAUUGUGUACAGAUUCUGUAUUCAUGAUGAAAUAUUUAUGUAUGAUCUUUUAAUUUUUUUUGUAUUGCCUUUUGUAUAAAACAUGCACCUGCCCAGCAUCACAAUUUACUGGGUAAUGUACAA